AUGCAGUUGCCCACGACCCCCACGACCCCCACGACCCUGGCUCUAGCCAUAUCUCUAGCAACGAGCAUCGCCGGAGCCGCCGCCCAGCCCAGCACCGCCAACGCCGACGUCGUCGAGCUACAGGGCCGACACCCCAACGGCAGCCUCGUGCCCGUGCGGGUAUCAACCGCAUACACGCGUAGCAACCCCGACCCCAACACCAAAAAGCUCGCGUCCCGCGCCUUCAACAAGGGCUGGACGGCCGACGGCCAGCAGCACGACCUCUGCGGCGCGGUAGUCUUCGAGGACCUCUCGCCCUUCGACGCGGGCGUCAGCGCGCCGCACACGCCGGCGCGCAUCGACGACUGCAAGGCCGUGGCGGCGGCGCUGCAGGUGCAAAGUUCGCUACUGGGGGGCUGGUUCAACAUCAGCGGCGCGGGCUACUCGCUGGCAUCGGGGCUCGGCGUGGUGGCCGAGGGGGGCGCGUGCAAGCUGGGCGUGUGGCGCGAGGACGGCCGCGAGGACUCCUUCGGCAUUGGCGACACGGACGUCGUCGACGUGCUGACGUCGGCCUGGAAACAGUACGGCAGGCCCGACGGCAACGUGCAUGUCGUGGGCGAGGGCCCCUGUGGGCCCGUCUGGUUCGGCUUCGAGAUCUAUGGCGGUGAUAACCCGGCUCCGCCAGAUGAUUCGUAG